AUGCCUCCUCCUAAUCCAGACUGGGUCAAGGCCCUGACUCCCUCAGGUCCCCAAGGAUCAGAGCUCAUCGCCAAGGAACGCGCUCAAUCAGACAUCAACGUCGACCAACUCGCCACAUUCCUCUUCACAAAGGAAGUUCUCGAGCGCAACGCCAGAAUCCUCAAGAUUCUUCAGGAAGACCCUGUCUUUGACAAGUCCCAGAACUACUUCCGUGGCCGCACAGAUCGUCUCGAGGCUGCUCUCGCUAGAGGAAAGCAUUUGAAGCGUCUACGCGACAAGCACAACUGGACAGAGGAGGAACACCAUGUUGCGAAUGAUCUCAUCAGCGAGCCUACACCUUAUGGUCUGCACUCCACAAUGUUCCUCAAGACACUCGAGGAGCAAGGAACACCAGCUCAACACGAGCUUUUCCUCGAAAAGGCCAGGAAUUAUGAGAUCAUCGGAUGUUAUGCCCAGACUGAGUUGGGUCACGGAUCCAACGUGAGAGGUCUUGAGACCACCGCCACCUGGAACCCCGAGGACAAGACAUUCACUCUGCACUCUCCCCAUCUCACUGCUUCAAAAUGGUGGAUCGGUUCUCUCGGCAAGGCAGCUAACCAUGCCGUCGUCGUCGCCCAGCUCAUCCUCAACGGCAAAUCCUACGGUCCUCACCCCUUCGUCGUGCCCAUUCGCGACAUGAAGACCCACGAGCCUCUCGAGAACAUCCACGUCGGUGAUAUCGGCCCCAAGUUCGGUUACAACACCAUGGACAACGGAUUCCUUCUCUUCAACCACGUCAAGAUCCCCCACGUCAACAUGCUCAACCGUUUCUCCGGCAUUGACCCCGAGACAUCAAAGUACAUCCGCCCUUCAAACCCAGCUCUCAUCUACGGAACUUUGACCUUUAUUCGAUCAUCCAUCGUCUUCCAGUCUGGCUCUGUUCUUGCUCGCGGUGUUACCAUCGCUACAAGAUACUGUGCUGUCCGACGACAGUUCCAGGACCGCGAUGCCGACGCUGGCGAGGUCGGUGAGAAUCAGGUCCUUAACUACACCAUGGUGCAGCACCGUCUCCUUCCUCUGCUCGCCUCCGCUUAUGCCCUUCACUUUACCGGUCGCUCCAUGAUCAACCUCUACAACGCGAACCAGAAGCGCAUGGCUCAAGGCCGAGAACGCGACAACAGCAAGCGUGCUCCCGGACCAGAGGAGCUCAGCCCUGGCAGUGACCACUUGGCCGAUCUGCACGCCAUCUCCUGCUCCCUCAAGGCUUUUGCUUCCACCACCGCUGCCGAGGGUCUUGAAGUCUGUCGUCGCGCUUGCGGUGGCCAUGGCUACUCUGCCUUCUCUGGCAUUGGUAGCUGGUACGCCGAUUAUCUCCCCACCGUCACAUGGGAGGGCGACAACUACAUGCUCACCCAGCAAGUCGCCCGCUACCUCCUCAAGUCUGCUCGCGCCGUCCUCGCCGGAAAGGCGCCCGACAACGGCAUCUCCCGCAUUUUCAAAGAGUUCAUCCGAAGACAGGACAUUGGCGCUGCCUUUGAUGUUCUCGACAGCGACCAGGACCUUGUUGACGCUUUCGCCUGGCGCGUAUCUUUCCUCACCUUUGAAGCUCUCAAGCACAGAGAUGAGGAGAAGCAGUCAUGGAACAGUCUUUUGAUCGACUUCUGGCGUCUGUCCACCGCGUAUGCCCAAUACCAGGUAGUUAAGAACUUCCACGAGGCACUCAAGGAGGAAUCCACAAAAUCUUCUCUCGACGCCAACACCCUGACUCUCCUACACAAGCUCUUUGAGCUUUUCGCCCUGCACCACCUCCAGAGCUCCGCUUCCGAAUUCUUCACCAGCGCUGCCACGACGGUUCGCCAGAUCCAGCUUGCGCGCACAAAGCGAACACUGUCUCUGCUGGAUGAAGUCCGCCCUCACGCUGUGCGUCUCGUCGAUGCGUGGUCGUUCCCUGACUGGCAGCUUGACAGUGCUCUGGGACGAGCUGACGGCAAGGUGUACGAAGACCUGUUCCGUCGUGCUUCGGAGGAUAACCCUGUUAACGACAUCGUCUUUGACUCUAAUCCUGCGUCGGAUAUCUUGUUCCGAAAGACUGGACCCAAGGCCAAGUUGUAA